AUGGAAGAUAUCGAGCAUACAGUCGCUAAGGUGGCACAGGGAAGAUGGCUCAUCUGCAAGCCCAAGACAAACAAGUCUGAUGUCAAAAAAUUCCAUGUUAAUGUCGAUACUGCCAAGGCUCGGGCCAACGCUGCUGGCUUCACCAAGGGCAAGAGCGGCGACCCUCACGACUUCAAGAACGCAAACAAGAUUCAGUGGGGUGUGAAGGGAUGCAACAAGAGCAAAGUGGACAUGUAUGAGUAUCCAAUCUAUUGGGAGGGCUCAAAGAUCAAGGAGUGGAAAAAGGACAAAAAGGCCGAUGAUCGGGAUAAAACCCCUAUCCGCGUCCUGUACAUCCAGGCGAAGGACGAAACGCUCCAGUUCUGUGGCGUCGUGAUCCAUCUCAAUGUCCUCAUCGACUACCAGGGCUCGGGGUAUUUUACCAAGUGCAAUCCUUGA